AUGACCAAACUAAAUAUCAAGAAACUGGUUGCUCUCUGCGCCAUAAUACCUGCGGUUCUUUCGGCUCAAGUGGGGAAUGAUGACCCUUCUGCAGAACAAGGCCUUAUUGGAGAUCUGGUUAACAUGCCUACAUCGAAUCUCACAUCGGCGGGCCAGCUGCUUCGAUUCUGGCUGUUACAUGUAGGCUCCGCCAUCAGUAAUAACAAACUUUCCCAGCCGGAGUGUGCUACCGACGUCUGUUGCCCUUGGUAUGCUAUCGCGGACGAUUUAACGCAACUCUUCGUCGAUCCUGCGACUCAAGAGUGUACUGACGAUGCUCGAGCUGCCGUCCGCCUUGGCUUCCAUGACGCAGCUUCUUGGUCUAAGAAGCUCUCGGCUGAUGGGAAAGAUACUGGAGGCGCUGAUGGAUCAUUCAUCCUAUUUCGCGAAGAUGAGAGACCGGAGAACAAUGGCCUGCAGGGUUUUGUCACUAAGAUUCUCGCUGUCCGAGCCAAGCACCCUGGAGUUAGUGCCGCCGAUCUGAUCCAGUUUGCAGCUCAUCACGCAACCGUGUCUUGCCCCCAGGGCCCACGAAUUGCUUUCUUUGCUGGGCGGGUCGAUGCCACAGAGCCAAGUCCUCCUGGGCUCGUACCAGAUGUUCAUGAUAGUUCUCAAAAUCUGAUUAAUUUGUUCAUGGACAAAACAAUCAAUGCUGCUGACCUAGCAGCCCUACUCGGAGCUCACACCAGCGCCAAACAGUUCCAUGUCGAUGAAGGUCAAGCCACGAAGCCAAUCGACAGCACACCAGGAAUAUGGGAUACCAAUUUCUACAAUGAAACUCUCCAAUCCAACGCAACUGACGGCGUGUUCCGUUUUCCUUCGGACUUGCUUCUUUCAAAGACUGAGCAUGUAGCAGUCGCAUGGGAAGGAUUUGUUGGUGAGCAGAGCAAAUGGAAUGAGGCGUAUGCACUUGCUUAUACUCGGCUUGGGUUGUUAGGUGUGAACAAGAUCAACGAUUUGAUCGAUUGCUCGAACGCUCUUCCUCCUCACAUUCCUGACGCUCCUGGGGCAAUUGGAGGUCAAAAAAGAAGACGUAGGAAUCUUUAUCAUUGA